AUGUCUGUCCCUCUCCUAACCUCCUUCUGUCACCCCGCCGUGCCAAGCUUCGAAGUAACAACCCAAUCCACAGCCAUGUCAAAUCGUGGAGGCCGAGGUGGAGGCAGAGUCUUCCGGGGAGGAGGAAGAGGUGGGGGCGGUAGCGGGAGCGGUAGCGGCGGUAGCGGCGGCGGCGGCGGCAGCGGUGGUGGUGGCCCCGGUCGAGGUGGUCGUUCGCACUCGGGACCGUGGGGGAGACUCAAGCCCGUCGACUUAGACCCCCUCGACAGCUUCGGCCUCCCCUCCAAAGGCGACACAAGGCUCCUCGAUUUCAAGACCCAGGAAAGGUAUUACACCAAGAUCGUCGAGCGCUACAUGACCUUCUGCUCCGACGCCGGCGAGCGCGACGAGCUCCUCCGCCGCUUCGCCUCGCUCGACCUCAAAGAAUACCCCUCCGUGUCCGCCGCGUCCUCGCCGCGCCUCGACGACCCCGCUAGCACAAAGGCCCUCUCCGACGUCAUGAUGGCCCUGCGCAAGCUCCGCGAGGGCAUCGUGGCCUCGAAACGCACGGACGAGUUUGCCAUCCAGGCCUACCUCUUCAAUAUCCGCCUAUCAGUCCUGAUCAAGCACCCUGAGUCGUACCACCCGGCCAUCCUGCACGUGCUCCGGACGAUACACCCGGCCCGGAACCUGACGAGCGUCGAGCUACAGGAGGUCCUGGGCUACCUCGUCCUCGACGCCGCGUGUCGCAGGGGUGACUUGGCCGAGGCGUACGCGAUACGGCACCGGUACACGCUGCAAGACGCAAAAGUGGAUGCCGUGCUGGCGGCGUUGGCGCACGACAACUACGUCGCGUUCCGGAGGGUGCAGAGGAGCGUCGACGGGCACCGCGCGAAGCUGUUGGAGUUCGCCGAGGGCGAGAUGCGGACGCAUGUACUCAAGUGUUUCGGGAGGACGUACCUGGCCGUCGACCAGGACUGGUUGGAGAAGUGUGCCGGCGAGAGCUGGGAGGCGUUGACGAGGGACCGCGGUGUCGGGUGGGAGCUCGACGGGAAGAAGGUUGUUAUUCGAAAGGUCAGGGCGAAGUGA